CGCGAUGAAUGCUGGUUAAUAAUUACGAUGUGCUUCCAACCAAUUUUUGUGCUUUUUUUCUCAGGCAUUCUUGCAACUCUGCCCCAUUUACCAAGACAUCUUCUAUGUGUUUUCUGUCUCGCAUCAUUCAAUGUUCAGGGCAUUUAUCAUUUUAUGGUCACUGGUUUGGCAACGCUACACAAAACCUCCGAUGGAUGUGACAUACUAUGCUCCAGUACAACACACGUACAGUUCGUCAUAUCCAUCAAGGAACUCGAAAUACGAAGCUUCGGUCACUCAAUGGUACCCGCUGAUAACAAAUUGAGUUUGCCACAGAAGGCAACAUAAAAAUGGGUAUUCGUGGACCAUGCCGUGGUUUAGAAGGUUUGGAUUGACGGUUCCUAAAUCACAUCCCUCGCUACGCUAUCGCUAGCAAUAUUAAGGCUCCUUUGAAGUUUGAACCCUACACUAGUACUAGUGUCGCCACCUACUUUGGCAGCCGGAUAAGUAAGUCCACAAAGU